AUGGAAGCACUGACAUUGAUUUUCCUAUUAACGGGCUACCAUUCAAAGGAAUCCUUGACUCAGAUAGUCUAUCUAAUCCCGUUCUACGAUUGGCAUAAAGUUUUUGUUCACUACUGUGAUGGCUCAUUGUUUUUGUCCGAUGACGACCAAGUUGAUCCUGCUAACAACUUUACAUUCCGAGGUGGGAGGAUCUAUACUGCUAUAAUGGAGGAGCUGCUUAACAAAGGAACGGGGAAUGCUCACAAUGCUAUCUUGACGGGUUUCUCAGCAGGUGGAUUGAGCACAAUCCUACAUUGUGAUAGAUUCCAAGCCCUGUUUCCGAAUAAUAUCAGAGUCAAGGAAGGUGAAUUGGCAAACCAAUUAGAAAGCCAUUUUGCUGGAGUGAUUGCUGCAAAUGAACUUAGAUCAUUAUUGCCUAGAUCAUGCACAUCUAAGAGGGACCCAAAUUUGUGUCUUUUUGCCGAGUAUUUGGUUGAAGAUGUUGCCACUCCACUCUUUAUAGCUGAAUCAGCUUUUGAUACGUUCCAAAUUGGAUACAACUUCAUAUUAACUGUUCCUGGUCUGGAUCCAAAACAAUGGGAAAAUUGCUCACGUUCCUUGGAGCUGUGCAAUGCUACACAAAUAGGAAUAAUAAAAGAGUUUGGACCUAUUUUCAAGAAGACAUUAAUGAAACUCAAUAACUCUUCGAGUAGAGGGAGUGUAGGAAAAGCUAUUGGUGAUUGA